CUGGGCCUCCCCGCGCCGGUGCUCGCCCGCUCCUCCGCGGUCCUGCUGCUCCCGCCGCCCGGAGCCGCCGUCGUGUUGCCACAGAGACCCGGACGCCGCCGGCCCGUGGGACCAAUGAGAGCUCCGCUGCUGCCGCGGGCGCUCCCGGUGCUGUGGCUGCUGCUGAUCUUGGGCUCAGGUCAUUAUGCGGCUGGGUUGGACCUCAAUGACACCACCUCUGGGAAAAGUGAACCAUUUUCUGGGGACCACAAUGCUAGUGGAAUUGUGGUUUCUGCGGGAAGUGAGGUCUCUACCAUAAGUGAAAUGCCCUCUGGCAGUGAACUCUCCACGGGGGACUAUGACUACUCAGAGGAGUAUGAUAAUGAGCCACAAAUAUCCGGCUAUGUUAUAGAUGAUUCAGUCAGAGUUGAACAGGUAAUUAAGCCCAAGAAAAACAAGACGGAAGGGGACAGGACUUCAGAUAAACCCAAAAGAAAGAAAAAGGGAGGCAAAAGUGGAAAAGGUAGAAGACACAAAAAGAAGAAAAAGAGCCCAUGUGAUGCCGAGUUCCAGAAUUUUUGCAUUCAUGGUGAAUGCAAAUACAUCGAGAACCUGGAGGCAGUGACGUGCAAAUGUCAUCAAGACUACUUUGGUGAACGGUGUGGAGAAAAAUCCAUGAAGACUCACAGUGGGGAUGACAGUGACCUGUCCAAGAUUGCAUUAGCAGCCAUAACUGUCUUUGUCUCUGCCGUAAGCCUCAUAGCUAUUGGCAUUGUUGUCACAGUCCAGCUUCGCAAACGCUUCUUCAAGGAAUGUGAAGGAGAAGCAGAAGAGCGGAAGAAGCUUCGACAAGAAACUGGAAACGUGCACGUCAUAGCCUAGCUGAGGACAGUUCAGGGUAACAGUCGAAUCACUGCCAAGUCACAAGCAAAAAUGACACAUCGGUCCUCCUUUUGAUGAAGUGGGUGGAGCCUUCUGAUGGUUUCAGCCUUCCUGUUGUCACUUUUCAUG